GUUUGACAAGAGUGUCAACUUGUGUUUCUUCCCUGAUGGCCAGUGUGGUUUGAACGUAGAGCAUACAAUGGCUGAUGCACCUGCAAUGGGCCAUGUCUGGGAAUAUGCAAUGACAAUGGAAGUGAUUGAAAAAAGGUAUCUUGACAAUGGACAAGUGAUGCCUCCACCCAAGUCUUUCAAGCAGAGCCACUAUUCUCCACCAAGGCGGAUCAUUUGGGACAUUACAGAUGCCCUUGAGAAGGAAAUCAAUAAAGCCGUAGUACUGAACCAGAAGAAUAAUGAAGAUCUAGACCUAGAAAUCCGUAAUCAUAACAAGUUUGGCAAGGGUAUUAUCAAAAAGGCUCGAGUUAGCCCUGAUGCUUUUAUUCAGAUUGCUCUCCAGCUCGCAUACUACCGUCACACGGGCAGAUUCUGCCAGACUUAUGAGGCCUCAGCUACAAGACUGUACCAGAAUGGAAGAACAGAAACUGUGCGAUCAUGCUCAGAGGAUGCUGCUGCGUUUGUGAGAGCAAUGGUUAGCGGGAAAUUGCCGAAAGAGAAGCUAUUGCAUUUGCUGAGGGUGGCUGGAGAACGACACCAGAAGCUGUACCGUGAUGCAAUGAAUGGCAAAGGGAUUGAUCGCCACUUGUUUGCUCUAUAUGUUGUGUCAAAAGGUCUUGGCUAUGAAAGUCAGUUUCUUGAGUCUACUAUCAGAAGGCCUUGGACAUUAUCAACAUCCCAGCAGCCUCAGCAACAGAUUCAGGCAAAUACUCCUGACAUAAACUUGGAGCCUUUUCGGAAAAUGUGCUCUCCUGGUGGAGGAUUUGGACCAGUGUCAGACGAAGGAUAUGGUGUUUCAUACAUGUUACCUACAGAGUAUAAUAUCUUUUUCCAUGUGUCAUCCAAGAGGUCUUACCCAACCACUGACUCGAGGAAAUUUUCAGAUAUCUUGUUUAAGAGUAUGGAUGAUAUGCGACUCCUGUUUGACAACACAAAACUUGAGUAAUCAUAGGAGUGACUUACAUAGUGUAUGAAAAAAAAUAUUGUUACAAGCCUGCAAAAAUGCUUAGCCCAUUGACCCAUGGAUGGCAUGUAUAUAUACCAUGUACAUUAUGUUUCUUGUUUAUUAGUUUGUUUACACAUGUAUGACUCUAAAAGUGUUUAGUCAGGAAGGAGCUAGGUACUGGGCCUACUUAAUCCCAGUUCUCUAUCCUAUUACUUGAGUUUUUGGAAAGAAAGGACUUUAUUUUUAUUUCUUCUAGUAUUGUUAAUAAUGUUAUAAUAAUAAUGUUUAUAAAGAUAAAGGCUAUUAGAAAUCAAUACUUUUCUCCAGAAAUUCAAGAAAUGGGGUAGAUGGGGAAGGUCAUUUAAAGCUAGUAACUGACUCCAUGGUGAAUAAACACAUAUGGAGCCAUGAAUAUAUAAACAAAGUUGACAAAACAAAACUACAGUGGACAGAACAUGUACCAAGGGCCAGUGGGUUAAGGGUAGUCUUUCAGUAAUUUUAUACCUUUGAAAAUUGUGUUACAAAUAUACAAUUUUCAUUUUUUAAUCUAGCAGUGAAGCUCUCUCAUUAAAUAGGCAACUUGAGAUUAGUUUAUAAGACAUAUAAAACUCUGAAAAUUAACUAUUGCUCCCUAGUCACUUCCCUUAGCUAUGGUGGAAAUCUAUUUUACUGACCAAUCAUGAAGUAUAUUAUUGUGUAUUACAUUUUAAUUCAUGGCUCUUCCAUUGUGUGAAGACAAUUAUAUAUACAUACACAUUUAAAUUUUCUAAAGAUAUAUAUAUAUAUAUAAAUUAAAAUUUAAUAUUAAAAUGUAGUCUUUCUCAGUGGAGUUUUUCAAGAUUUAGUUUAUCUGCUGUUUUAUAAUAUACAAUUAUCAUGUCGGUGUCCAGAUAUUUCAGAGAGUGAUAUUCUUUUCUCUUUAUACAUGGUAAGUUGAUCUGGUAGAAUUCCUUUGUUAAUUUCAUUAUACUAAAAUAGCUGGUUUAGUCCAUUAUUUGAAUGUACAAUAUGGAGUUGUAAAGACAUGCAAUAUAAUUUUUAAAGAAACAGUAGAUGUUAUGUAAAUGAGUUCAUGCAAAAUUUUAUGUGGCCCUUUUCCUAUACUUUUAGUAAUGAUAGAAGCAGUUAUACCACAAAGAUACUGGUUUUAUCAAUUUUCUCUUCAGACAGAGCUGGCCUUUAACCAUGUUUGGUUGAAACCAAGCUGGAGUUCAUUUGAAGUUCACUAUUUAUGUACAUUUCAUAUCAGAUUACAUAGAUUAUUAUUAUAUGGACAAGUUUUUAAUGUUAGGUUUAUAUACUUUUAUGUAUCUGUGGAUGUCAGUAAUAAUGCUUUCUUUAAAGUUUAUGAUAAAAUGUUGUAAAACUGAAGAAUGUAUGUGAAUCAUGCUAACACUGAAUGAUUUUAAGAAAUUUUUGCAUGAUUCCUGUCUUUUUAAAAUUUUCCCUAGUUUUACUUAUUACUGGUUUGCGAUAAAGGGACUUGGGAUUCUUACGAAUUGAUAAUUUGUUUGUGUGUUAAACAAAAUGGUGUUGAUUAUUCAAGGAAGUUUUGUUAUGUUUUCUUAGUUAAUUUGAAUGUUUUCUUCUAUGUUAACAAAUGUAGAAAGCCAAUAAUUUUACAAACUCUACAGUUAGUGUUAAAUUUUCAUUACUUUCAAUAAGUGAAUAAUCGAAGAUCAUCCAGAAUAAGUAAAUAUAAUGUAUAAUUUUUA